AUGAGCCAAACCGAUGAUGAGCGGCGGCAGAAAAGAGCAAACACCGGAAACUAUGAUAUGAAGGCAAAAGUGGUAGCUGAAAAGUUAAGAGGCAAGAAGGAUCUUGAAAUAAUUCAAUGGGCAGAAUCUCAUUUGAAUUUCCAUAUCCGACAUAGAAGGAAUAUUUAUCGCUGGAAGGAAAAUCCCAUCAUUCUAAAAUUGGCUGAACAAUAUGCUGGUCUUAUUGAGAAUGCUGAUGUUCCCGAUAUUAUUAAGAGCAGUUAUAGGAGACCAGAUUUUAUAGAGGGGGAGGUUUAUAAAAUAUUGAUAGAAUAUGUGGCGACAGCUUUGGAAUAUGAAGUUCCAGUAGAUUUGGAGCUUAUUGAGCAUAAAUUUAAUCAGGUUUAUGGAGUAUUUGGAAUGCCAAAAGAUAUGGAGCUGAAAUUUCAAAUUGGUGCAAUAGAGAGAAUAAAAAACUUAUAUGAGCAUUCAUUGAUAACUAGUUCUGAUAUCGUGGUCCAGCAAAAGCUUUUGAAGAGCUUGAAAAAACAAACGUUCAUCAGUGACCACGAACAGUUGAAAAGUUUCAUCGCAACAAGUAACUGGUCUAAAGUUUACUUUGUGAAAGAAAUAGCCAUAAGAUAUCAACUCUUCAACGGCUCAACACUAUCACUUUUUGGUAGUGAAGAUAGAGAAUUGUUAGCAAAUUCUGAUGCACCAUUUUCCAAAAGCGAUUCUGAUUUCCUUCCGCCCAACAAUUUAUUGACAAUGAUCUAUUGUGCCAAUCUUGAUGGUACUGAUAAGUGCAAAAGUUCAUUCCUAGGUCCAAUUUUCAAUCCUAAAAAACUUCUUGGAAGCUUGGAUGACAAAUUUAAUUACUAUUAUACCAAAACUGGUUGGUUAUCAAGCGCACACUUUCAAAAAUAUUUGGAGGAAAUCAGCAACCAUAUCAAGCUGAGCGAUAGGUAUCAAGGCAAAAGUGAAACAUCACUAUUUGUGAUUUGCGAUGAAAGUCAUUAUCAUAGCCUUCCUGAUUCGUCAAUUCCAGGAAAUAUGAAGCUCAUUAUUGUGAAGAAAAAUGUUUGUGAAAGGCCAAUAAAUACGACAAACGUAUUAAUUUCGCAGAUGUAUGUAAAAAAGGUUUUGCAAAAACUAUGGAAUACAAUCAGGUGCCUCGAGUAUUUGCAGAGCUAUGAAGUGACAAAAGGUAAGAAUUUAGGAGCCUCGAACUAUUCUAGUGAAAACUUAACCAAUAUAAUUCUUCAUUCUUUGCAAUGUUCUAUUUAUGAAUCUGUCACAAUUUUGAGCGAUAUUUGGAACCAGGUGUCUGAGGAUAUAGUUUAUGAAUAUACCAACUUCAGGAAGCAUUCGCAAAACGAAGUCAUGAGCAUUGACCAGUCGGGUUUCUAUUCCAGUACCGUAUUAAAGAAAUUGCAUCAAAGGCUCGCCAUUCAAAUCACAGAGAUUAAGGAGAGAAUAAAUAGCAGCUCGAUUGUGAGGAGCUCCAUGCUUGCUUGCCUUGAUGACAUUUUGGUUCAAAAGAAAGAACUCAAUCUUAUUGAGUGUUUAGAUGUUGAAGCUCUAAAAGAGUGCCAAUUAAUUGAAGAUUUCAUUUAUGGCUUAGUGAAGAAGAAAAUUGCUUCACGAGAAAACCCCAUUAAGAACAGGACCAAUCAGCAGGCUUCCAUAAAAAUUGAUUUUGAGCUUGAUUGUCAAACCCCCGGUUCUUAUUCUGUUUUUGAUUAUACCAAAAAGAGUUCUAUGGUCAGUUCGGCUGGAAAUAAUGGACCAGCUGUUGAUUCUGUUCUCUGUAAAAGAACUAAUCCAUCCUCUAUAAUCUCAUUUCCAAAACCCACUAUUGCUUCAGACAGAAAUUGCAAGAAUGGUGGCUUUUCAAUCAAUUCAAUUCUCAACGAGCAAUCUGAGAAUGAGAUUGUUUCAGAAAGUGCUCACGAAUAUAACAAUAGAAUUACUUUUCAAGUAGAAUACAAGAAAGAUAAUAAAGUAUCACGCAUUGACAACACGUUAGGGCAGCAGGCCAGCAUUUCUGAUCCUAUGGAAAAAGAAACCAGAAGAGCUCAAAAUCUUGGCAAAAGGAAAAUUGCAACAAAUCAAGUAGAAGAAGCAAACUACAUAGGAUAUAAUGGGGUGAUUAAUUAUGAGGAAACUUUUGGGGCGGAUGAUAAUUACACUCAGUAUGUUGCUGAUUUCAAGAAGGCAGUGUACGAUCUCCAUUUGCACUUCACCACGAAGCCGUUUGGUCCAAAUGAAGACUUUGAAAUCUAUAAAGAGAUGAGCUUUGAAAAAAUCUAUCUGCUAGUUGUUGGUAUAGAACAAGAUAAAAGGGAGAGACAAUACAAAUCAGUGUAA